AUGAAAGGAUUUAAGAAUAGAUUGACUCGAAAUAAGAGUCAAUCUUUGAGUAAGAAGUCGGAUAAGAGCAAAGACAAAGAGAAAGAGAAGGAGAAAGAGAGUAAAAAUGAAAAGAGGACACCUUCUCCAGGGUAUGGGGCGAACUCAUCCGGCUCUUCCAUCCCCGCCUCCGCCUCCACCUCCACACCGUCAAAUACGAAUAACUCAUCACUUUCUCUGCAAAGCUCACGAAACUUGGUAACAAAUGCAUCCGUUUCACUCAAGUCCAACCUGCCAAGUCCGUCGAGAAACAAUAGUGGAAAUAGCGCGGCAUCCAUAAAGUCCACCAACAGCAACACGACCAUGACUUCGGCAAGCUCCCCACAUGGACUGCCUACAACCACAACAAUGGAGACCCAUAGUCAUAAUCACAAUCACAGCCAUAAUCAUCAACAACAGCAACCUCAACAACAACAACAGCAACAGCACGACUCUCCAAAGAUUGUAGUUGACGAUGAAAACUCCAACAAUUCUGGGAGCAACAAUAAUAACAACAGCUCUAGUAGCAAUAGCAUCAACAGUGCCAAUAGCAACACUGUAUUUGGCUCGCCUUCUCAACAGUCAUCAAAUAGUUUUGGCGUGAUGCCUAGCCAAAUAUCAUUGGCCUCGGGUCCCUCCUCUGCAGCUAACAUGUCAUCAAUAAACUCCAAUGUGGCUCCCACAGGCAUGCCCUCUAUAGUCACACCCACGGCAUCACAAUCGCAAUCACAAUCGCAAUCACAAUCACAAUCACCUUCACCAUCACCAUCGCAAGCACAAAAUCAUACACUUUCAUUUGGCUCUCCGUUAUCGCAGCCAAUUACACCUACACCAACAUCCCCUCUCGGCUCAUCACAUUUUGAUAAAGCACAUCAUAGCCAGCAUGGCGCCGCCCAGCAAUCGCACUUUAACCAAUUGAACCCAAACAUUGCUUCACCGGGCGGAGCAGGCUCUGGUGUUGGUGUUGGUGUGGGUAAAGAUGCUUUUGACAUUGACUUGAUUGUAACUCCAAAGAGACAUUCCUCAUCAAGAUUUGAACCUACCUCGUCAGACAAGUACCAGGAAAUCCACAAGCUACCAAACUUUGACGAAGUUUUGCCAGAGGAUCAAAUUCAAUUAUUUAUACAAAAGAUUGACCAGUGCAAUAUGAUGUUUGAUUUUAGUGAUCCAACAUUUGAUGUUCGCGGUAAAGAAAUCAAGAGGUUGACGUUACAAGAGUUGAUUGCAUUCAUCUCAAAUAACAGAUUCUCAUAUACCGAUGAGAUGUAUAAACAUGUUGUGUCAAUGUUUAAAAAGAACUUGUUUCGUCCCAUCCCGCCACCAGUGAACCCCAUUGGUGAUGUCUUUGAUCCCGAUGAAGACGAGCCUGUUAGCGAAUUAGCGUGGCCACAUAUGCAGGCAAUUUAUGAAUUCUUUCUCAGGUUUAUUGAGCUGCCUGAUUUUCAGCAUCAAAUAGCCAAGCAGUACAUUGACCAUGACUUUAUAUUGAGAAUUUUGGAGCUUUUUGAUAGUGAAGAUCCACGAGAGCGGGAUUGCUUAAAGACAACGUUGCAUAGAAUCUAUGGUAAAUUUUUGAGUUUGCGAAGCUUUAUUAGAAAAUCUAUUAAUAACGUGUUUUUGCAAUUUGUUUACGAAACCGAAAGAUUCAAUGGUGUUGGUGAAUUGUUGGAAAUUUUGGGUUCUAUAAUCAAUGGGUUUGCUUUGCCUUUGAAAGAAGAGCACAAGAUUUUCUUGGUAAGGAUAUUGAUUCCUUUGCAUAAGGUAAAAUGUUUAUCCCUAUACCAUCCUCAAUUGGCGUAUUGUAUUGUGCAAUUCUUGGAGAAAGAUCCUCUGUUGACUGAGGAUGUGAUUAUGGGUCUUUUGAGAUACUGGCCAAAGAUCAAUAGUCCAAAGGAGGUUAUGUUUCUUAACGAGAUUGAGGAUAUAUUUGAAGUGAUGGAGCCUAAUGAGUUUAUGAAGAUCCAGAUUCCGCUAUUUGCCCAGCUUUCAAAAUGUAUCAGCUCACCCCAUUUUCAAGUGAGUGAGAAAGUUUUGUGUUAUUGGUCGAAUGAGUAUUUCUUAACGCUCAUCACUGAGAAUGCAGAAGUUGUAUUACCCAUUAUAUUUGCGUCACUUUAUGAACUCACCAAUGCUACACAACCAGGAGUGGAGAAUGGAAUCAUGCAACAAAAACUUGUCAAUUGCCCCAACGCUACAGUCGAUGCCAAUGGCAACUUAAUUGAUAGUGGUUUGGUAUUACAAGAGGCCCAACAAGGAGUUGAUCCAAGUACAAACGAUCCCUCACAUCCGCACCAUACCAUCUUUGAAGCCCACUCUUCUAUCAAUAAUCGUAACAACACCAACAAUAGUAAUAGUAAUAGCAACAAUAAUGCUAUGAACAGCAUUAUGAACACCAACAACCACCACGGUGAUAGUGUUGGUGGUGAUGGAAACAAUGCUGGAGGCUUACAUCCAACUAAUAUCGACUCUGCCAGUGAGUCAAACUCGCUAACAAACUCACCACGAACCAGCCUCAAUGGUGCAGAUCUUUCUGACGAAGAGUACUAUGACCUGUUUAGUGGUGUCAACAGUAGCAAUAGUGGUAAUCUAAACGACAGUUCUGGUAGUGGUAGUGGUGGUGGUGGUGGUGGUGGUAUUGUUUCACCAAAUGGUGGGUUUGGCGGCGGUCUCAAUGAUGAUUUUGAGUCUGGUUUCGAUGACGAUUCAUCAAUGUUGCUGCACAACUCUGCCACCUCCAAUUGGAACAGGUCAAUACACUCAUUGGUUUAUGGCGCCCUCAAGGUAUUUAUGGACCAUAAUCCGGUGUUGUACGAUCAUUGCACGAUAUUGUACCACCAAUCAUUGAGUGAGCAAAGAGAUCGAGAAUUGGCAAGAAAAGAAGGGUGGAAGAGAAUCGAAAAUUAUGUCAAACGAAUCAAAGCAAAUACUCUGCUGUUAGGUUAG